AUGUUGGCCUCGCCACUCGACGUCCGUGAAUCCGGCACGACGAUCGAGACGUUCUUGCCGCACCCGUCGUGCGCCAUGCCUACUGCCGUUGUCAACGGCUGCCUUCGCAAGGACAUCGAAGGUUUCUUGUUGCUGCCGCCGCCAACCGCCCGCGCGUUCAACAAUCCGUCACGCGCCAUCGUCUUUUGGCCCAAGCGUCACCGGUUGAGCUUGGUUGGUAUCGCUGGAGUCUUCUCCGUCUUGACGCAGCGGCUCACGACAGAAGACGACGGCGAGUACCUUGGUAUUUCAGAGACGCGGGAGCUCGUGCUGGCGGCCAUGUCCAUCUUUCACGUCUCCAAUCGCUUGCCCAUCGAGUCGCACGCCCGGCGCGUCUGCUUCUCGCUCGAGCGAAAGCGCCAAGGUGUACCGCGGCACCUCGAGCGCAUGCAGCGCAUCUUGAUGGCCCUCAAGAGCGUCGAGCUCUCCGGUCUCUUCCUCUCGGACUACAUCACGGUGGAGGAUGCGCUUCCGUUGGCCGAUAUUGCGCCCAUCAUUUGCAGUCUCUUGGCGUUGCACGGUUGGGGCCCGCUGGAGCCUGCCAUGCUCGGGCUCGUCCAGCGCUGGAUCAAGACGCACGCAGACGAAACUCUUCAGCUACUCACGAGUUUGGCUGGCCUCGACACGGAGUCGCGCGUGUGCCCACCGCUUCGUCAGGCGCUCGACGCGGAGCUCUUCAAGCGCUGCUACCAUAUUGUACGGGCAACACCGGGUCUGCUUACCAAGCAAAGCUGGUCCGGCCGCGGCCCGAUCUUUCUCAAAGGCCUCUUCUUGCUCGAGCACUAUGUGCGAACGACGGUGCCGCAACUCCUCGAUGCCAACUACGUACGCUUGCCGCCGGUCCUCGUCACAGCGAUUGACGCCUACCUCUUUCCAGCGCUCCCGACGGUCGUGAGCUUCGAGUGCCCAACCCACGGACUUGACCUCCUCAAGGACAUUGCUGUGGGUCUGGCGUCGGCGCUGCGCUGCCAGCCACUGCUGCCACUGCCGGUGACCGUGAUAGACAAGAUCCUUGAAGCCGUUCGAACGAUGCCAAUAGACGUCGCCUUCAGGCUGGAGGGCUGUAUCGACAUCGCCGCGGCCGUUCUCGCCUUGGCGAGUCUCGCGCAGCGGUUUGAUGCUGAGCUCUUUGCCGCGUGCGAGCAAAUUUGGGGUGUCGGGAUGCUUCCCGCCGUUGCCUCGAUCACGUCGCAAUUUCAAGACACGGCGCUUCUACGCCCACUGCUCGUCGACAGCGUCGAUCGUGUGGUCGAGACGCUCGCAGACCACUCGCUGUGGCAACAGGCGUGGCGCCGGCCAGUGUACGCGACCAAGGACGACGCCGCCGCCCCGAUUGGCGUCUUUCUCUUCCUCGACACGGUGGACGCGUUGGAGCAUGCUGCUCCGAACCACACCCAUCUCUUUGCCUCGACGUGGUUACGGUCCUUGCCCGCAACGCUCGAAGUCAAGGACAGUCUGCUAUUGCCGGUUGUGUCGCGCCUCGACCAUGCCUCUGCCGUCUAUCGCCUGCUGGCGACGGCAGCCGUCGAUCGGUUUGCUGGCGAGCCGCCGCUUCCAGUCGUCUCUAACUUUUCGAUGCAGCCGCACCCAAGCCUCGACAACGGACACUGCCACCAGUGUCGCAGUGCCUGUGCAUUUGCUGGCGAAGCCGACAAGGCGUCAGAGCCCUGUCAUGUCGGCAGAAACGAGCUGUGCCCGGACCUGGUGCGCGUUGUGGACGCAGACGCCGCACGUCUCUGCUUUGUCGACACGGACCCCGCAGACGAGACGCGAAUGUAUCUCGAAGGUCCACUAUUCCUUGAAAAAGUCCGGCAGCCGGGUCAAGUCUCCGAGCCCGAGUGGCUCGCACACAAGGCAAAGGUCGCGAUGCUGGCCCGCGUGACGGCAUUGAUUGAGCGUUUGAAGCACGAGCUGCCGACGAACGAAGGCGAGACCAAGGAGAUGGAUGCACCAGCAGCCAAGCGCUUGCGUCUUUCGUAAGGCCCAACGAAAAAGGCCUUUCUAUUUGAGUUUGAGUCUGGA